GUCUUUUCAGCACCAUUCACUGACAAUCCAACCGAGCGGAGAGAGGCAAGACAGGCGAAACUGAGUUCUCUGCAGCCUACUGUGGAUUUUUUAUUUUUUGUUUUUUGUCACAUCAAAACAAAUAAAUGCAACUUUUUUUUUUCCAGUGAAGGAAAUAACAAAUCCUGAUUUCAAACCACCUGCUGAAAGUAAGAAUUUAGAUUUACUGCUCUAUUUUUUUUUCCAAACAGGACCAUGUGGUUGGUGGAUGUAUGAUCUUAUAAUUUUUCACUGCGGAUUCUGAUUCGGUUUUUCCACUGUAAACUUAGUUUGGUCUUUUUUUUUAUUAGACUUUGGAAGUGCUGAAAUGUCCGCAGCCACUUGAAUUAAUGUUUUUUUGUUGAGAAAAGUUUAUCUGAUUAUUCUACGGGAGACUUCAAACGUUAAGCCUGUCAUUUAUUCUUGCUUUAGUACGUGGAUUUUGUGUAUUCAGUCGGGAUGCUGACUGUUGUAGUUGGACUGCUGUGCCUGUUCAGCGGGCACACGGUGCGAACCCAGGAUGCCACAGGUAGCCGCUUCGUUUGUAACGCCAUCCCCCCGGGCGCGGAGCCGGGCUGCGGGUACGUUUCCACGGGGAACCGUGUCCAGAGCAGCAGCCCCGUGGAGGACGAGCUGCGUAACACGAUCAUCCAGCUCCGGGAGACCAUCCUGCAGCAGAAGGAGACCAUCGUGAGCCAGCAGGGAACCAUCAAGGAGCUCAACUCCAAGCUGGCGCGCUGCGAGGCGGCAGCCGACGCGUCGUCGCAGGGCAAGUCCCGGGGUCAGGGCUCCAGACGGAAGGAGUACGGCAAGAACACCAUGGGGGACCUGCCCCGGGACCCAAGCGAGACCAUAGACCAGCUGGGCAAGACCAUGCAGAGUCUCAAGGGUCGGCUGGAGAACUUGGAGCAGCAGAGUCUGCGUCUCCCCAGCACCAACGUGUCAGCUGGAGGUGUCUCUGCCCUGACUCCCCUGCCACCAGAGCUGCGGGAGCUGCUGCGGCAGCGUCUGGGGGCGCUGGAGACCCAGCUCCUCCGGAAGGUGGCCGAGCUGGAGGAGGAGAAGAGCCAGCUCUACAAUGAAACAGCGGCCCACCGCCAACGCACCGAGAGCGCUCUCAAUUCCCUCCUGGAGAGGAUCACAGAGCUUGAGAAAAGUAAUAAUGCCUUCAAGUCACCUGAGGAUUUCAAGGUGUCCCUCCCUCUUCGUACUAACUACCUGUAUGGCCGCAUCAAGAAGAGUCUCCCAGAAAUGUAUGCCUUCACCGUGUGCAUGUGGCUCAAGUCCAGCGCCAGUCCCGGCAUAGGGACCCCAUUCUCUUAUGGCGUGCCAGGCCAGGCCAACGAGAUCGUCCUCAUUGAAUGGGGGAACAACCCCAUUGAGCUACUAGUUAAUGAUAAGGUGGCCCAGCUCCCCCUGUCAGUGAGUGACGGGCGCUGGCAUCACAUCUGCAUCACCUGGACAACCAGAGACGGUUUCUGGGAGGCGUACCAGGAUGGCGAGCGUCUAGGCACCGGUGACAACCUGGCCCCCUGGCACCCAAUUAAACCUGGAGGGGUGAUCAUCCUGGGCCAGGAGCAGGAUGUAGUCGGAGGCCGUUUUGAUGCCACCCAGGCCUUCGUGGGUGAGCUGAGCCAGUUUAACAUGUGGGACCGAGUACUGCGUCCUGUGGACAUCAUGGGCCUGGCCAACUGCUCGGCCUACAUGCCCGGCAACGUGGUUCCUUGGAUCGACGCCAACGUGGAAGUGUUCGGCGGCGCGAGUAAAGCUGCUCUGGAGAUCUGCGAGGACCGUGCUUUUGAUUCCUAAAGGAUCUAAUGUGAGGGAUCCAAUAUGGCCGCUGGGAUUCGAGAAGCUUUGUAUUCAGACUGUUAGCUGCUUCUGUCAAAUCCCAAAGGAAAGGGUAUCGGUGCAACAUUUUUACAUGUUUAUAUGGUCUGACUGCAUAGUCUCAAAGACUGAGUGUUUAUUGGGCUCAUAUGUUGACAUGUCCAAUCCAGCUGAACCUUAAAGACAAUACAGGAGACGUCAAAUUAGUCUGCUCAUUUGAGGAUGCUGUUGCAUCAGUCAACUCUAAUGAUACAACCUGCUGCCACUCUGUGUUUUCUCUUCAGUAGAUCAGCUUUCAUUUGACUCCUCUUUGAAAACAGCUCUUUUUGGUUGCAAUCCUCACACUGACAAUGCUGCACUAUAUCCGUAGUGAACGUGAGCUCAAACAGGCUUUGAUGUGCAAUGGAACGCUAUUCCUGAGUUACACAGGUAGAGCGCUACACACUGCAAGCUUCCUCUUUGUUUGAAGAGCAGCGAGGUGCGGUAAAAUGAGGUGGAUGCUCGUGAGUUCAAAGUGGACAAGAACAUCAACCUCAUUGUUGAUUAUUUAAAGACAUCCUAACAUGGCAUCAAAAUUUCAUGCAUGAGCCAGAGUGCUGAAUGGAAAUCCACUUCAGAAGUGACAGUGCAUGCUUUCUGUCAAUACACAGAGUGUGUGUGAGUGGUGCAUCCAAACAAGCCAAUGCUGGCAACAUUACAUAAGAGUGUGUGUGUGUGUGUGUGUGUGUGUAUGUUCAUGCGCGUAUGGCUUGUCUUGCGUGUAAAAAGAUCAGAGAUUAUGAGGGAGGGAGGACAUUUUCAUUCUUGUAAAUCUAUGCUUAAUACCUCUCUGCCCCUUGAGCAGCUGCCAUAUCCCAAACAGCUUUAUGGAUGGGCUGGCUCUGCUCAGGUUAAUAGCGAUGUCGGACAGCUGCCCAGGACUGGCGUAUCCACAGAGCUGUGGAUGCCAGCUGAGAGCCCAGUGAGGGCAGGGGACUGGGCCUUGACCUUCAAGGACAAUCCUUAAUUCCUCAUCUGGGUAGUAAUUAUCUGUGUUUAUGAAUGAGUUUGGCAGCAAGCAGCCACUGGUCCACCAGUGUUUCUCUGGGCUAAGUGUGUCAUAAUCGAUAAAACAUUGAGAUUUAGAGGGGAUGUCAAAUGAGAUGACAUUAUGAAUGUCAAUAUCAGAUGGACUUUGGUCUUAAUUGCCUCUCGCUGAAGAAGAAGAAGAAGAAGAAUAGUUUUGACCUGUGGAGAUGAUAUUUUUUUAAAGAUAUAGGAAAUCAAAUACUUUUAGCAACGCUUAGUGAAUAAAAAUGAUGCUUUUUGCAGCUUGAUUUCUGUCAGACUUUAAUGUUGUGGUGGACAUUUGUUUCAACACUGUUUGAUUUUAAUAAACAGUGUAAAAUAUUGAAAGCAAACCUUGGGCCUGAAGCCCCAUAAGGAAACACAUAUAAAAGAAGCAACAAAGACAUUAACUUUGGUAUCACAUCCACAGCUUCUUUUCUGUUCUCCUUGUGGACUUUCCCUACAGAGUAGACACUAGUAUAAAAGCCAUUAAAAGCUUCUAUCCAGAUUUGAAAAAAACAAAAAACAAAAAAAAUCUACGAUGCAGUAGGUUACUGGACAGCACAGAAUGUUAUAAAAGAGCGUGCACACUCAACACUACAAGGACUUGUUGAAUAUGUCACCAACGUGUUGUGAUUGUUGCUCUUUUGAGUGUCUUUGUUAACAAUGUUUCAGUGUAAUAUCAAGAGUUUUCUUUCCUGUAGAAAGUGUAUUUUUCUCGCCAUCUCUGCUCAUGAUUUUUGUCCAUUAGCAGCACAUUACGUGACAAAAAAAUACAAGUACUGAAAAUGCUUUGUUUAAAUGGUGAAUGGCCUUUUGUGAGCACCAUAUGUGCUUUUGCUUGUGGACAAUAUGAACUUUUUGUCAGCUUUCGCAGAACUAACAGCAGCUCACUAGCAGCACAGACAAUGAGGGACACAUGAGACAAAGAAAAAAAAAUUUGUUUGCUAUCGUUGUUUUAAAGUCACCUUCAUGUGCGGUAUCCAUUUAACUUUUGCACCUUUCUGCCCUGUGAAUGUCCUUUUUGCACCCAAUAAAAGAAAAAAGUGAACAAGUUCCAGAGGUGUGACAAUUAAAGCAACAGUGUGACAGAAUAACUGAACAGCUGUUUGAACAGUUGACAGAUGUUUUAUUAAAAUAUCAUUGCACAGCAUUAGUGAUGAAGUCUAGAGUGGAGUGUAACCCUGCAAAGGUCAUGCACCAUUCUUCGCUGAAACACAGUUUCUUAAUAAGGAAAGGAUUCACAAAGCUCACUAUUUAACUGUAGCAUUUUCUGUCCCAUUAAUUCAAAUGGAGAUACAGGUGUUUGUCCAGCCAGCAGACGUAUCAUCAGUGCGACCAGCCAUAAUACGCACGGGAAGGAUACGUCCUCUCAUCUGGGCAAUGUAAUGUUGUCAACAGUGGAGAAAUCCUUGGGAUUGGCAGACGUCCAGGUGGAAAUGAAAAAAUCUGCCCAUGCGGAUUAUAGGAGCUGCUACAAUGUAGGACACUGUGAGCGGUCUUCAUUCUCCUCCAUGCUGUGUGCUGCUGGUGCUGCCAGUGUGUUGGUGGUGAUGCACCCUGGAGUGGGGGGUGGGGGGAUGGGGCUCCUGUUUUUUUUAACAGAACAACAAUGUGAGACUAACAAUUUGAAAUGCGUAUGUGUGAUUUUUUUUUUUUUUUUUUUUUAGCAUAUUCUACAUCUCAGAUUUUCAUUGCAUUGCUACUGUAACACUGCACAUCAAAUGUUCUCAAGUGCAAAUUAAUUAUUAAAGAAAACAUUCCAACUUUGAAUAAAUGAUAAAUACAUUAGUUUGUGUAACACAUGCAUUGUAGAAUCCUUUCAGAAGUUUGACAAAAACAUUGACGAGAAAUAGAAUUUCUGAUUUUUAUUUCUUGGUACAAUACAGCUCUUAACUGUUAUUUCCUCUGUCACUGCUGCUGCUAAGCUAACGCAAGGAAAGGAACUGCAUGAGCAGCCUGUGUUUGAGUCCCAGACCGUUUCAACCUCCAUCAUAUUAUUAAUGCAGAGGAACAGGCCCACGUGUUGGGAGAAGAGGGGGUUGUCUGUCGGCUUGUGAUGGGCAGUGACAGGAACCAAACAAAAAAUGUUUGUACCAGGGCUUAUGAUGAACUGAUGGCUGCUGUCACAUCAUACCUCCUGUUUUAAUUGCCACCAUUCUCCCUCAGGUUAGCUGCAUGUGUGUGUAAGACAAAUUAUCUUUCAGGAGGUGUCGCACAGCGCUAAUGAAAUCUAACUGAGAGGGGAAUUGAGCUGAAAAGCAUCAUCUUUGAAUGUUACAGAUAUCAUCUGUCUCUCUGACAGUGGUAUGAUUCAACAGGAUAAACAAUGUGCGUGUUUGUGUGUCAGUGCGUGUGGGUGUGUGACAGAAAGCAGCACUUUGGUGGCGUAUUGGGUCUGAGGAGUAGAUUUGCUCCAGUUAUUGAGUUUUUCUCCCACUGUGGUAAAGUUUGAAAGGGAGAUUUGCCAACCUUGGAGGGAUUUUUGAAGAAAAGAUCUGAGCAGCUGCUGCAGAUGUAAUGAUAACAGUACAUCACUAAAAACAAAUUACCUAUUCAGUGGUGUUGCCAGCUUGUCCCUUUAUCCAUUACACAUGACUGGACAGAGUGACAGUGAAUAAUCAUUUUGCACAUCUUUAUUAAAGCUCCCUGCCACAUCCACACGCCCUCUUCUCAGUGCUCUGAAUCAUCCUGGCUUUCCCGACAUCGCCCAAGGUUGCUUUAAAGUGUGUGAGAAGCUCAUAAUUAAAAUCAAAUCACACUGAGAGUAUUUGAUUGUCACUGGAUACACGCAUGGAUCUGCAGGGGGUGGAGGAGAUGGGUGUGCAGCAGAGAGGGGAGGGGUAGUGGAAUUAAAGUGCUAUUCUGCUCCCAGCGCCCUCUCUCUCGUACACAGAGUCCCCAUGGAGCCCCAAAAGAACGAGCACUGUAAAGACUGAGAGAAAAGCAAGUUUCAGGAUUGAGACCAGAGAAGUCCUUUGGCUUGGUAAUUAAAGCCUGAUGGAAGAGAAGCCUGUGCAGAAGGCAAGGCUCCCGGAGGCAUUUGAAAACUGCUGUUUUCUUGGAUGUCACUGACUAUUAGUGAGACCCACAAACCCCCUUCAGCCUGUAUCACUGCCUUUAUGAAAUUAUGCAUCAAAAAUGUUAUAUUCUGUUCCCAUCUUUGGUUCUGUCUGGCAGCCAUUUUUAAAUUAAGCACAGAAGCGCUGUCACUUUUCAGCCUCAUUUUGGUUCUGCAAGACAAUAUGUUGCCUUCUCUGACUGAAAUAUGAUUAGAUUAUCAUUAGUAUUAUUUACUUAGUUUACACAGCUGAUCUUUAGGGGAAAGGUGAAAUAUCUCUCUACUAUCUUUUCACGCAGUUUUACUUAUUUAUGCUCAGUAGGCCGAGGAGAGCAACUUAAACGUUGUUUUGGGGGAAUGGUAAUAGAAAGAGUGAAGACAGAGAUGACGUGAGGGGAGGGAAGAAACAAAUUAAUCAGCACAGGAGAGGAAACAGCUGCUGUAUGACAGUUUGUAAUGCCACCUCUCUGAGGAUCAAAGAGCCUGUGGAUGCUAGAUGAAGAUAUUCAUUCACUUUUACUCUGUUAAGCAUUGCACAGUAUUUUCAAGAAGUAGUAGAAAAUCAUAAAUCUGACACUUCUUCAUGCUGAAAUUACAAAGGUCCAUAGAUUCACUGUCAGAAUAUUAAGUGUUUAACCUGAGCACAGUCUAUUCUAAGUGUCUUGUCUAAUCUCACACUUUGUACUCUAUUUCUGAGGAUGAUCAAAUGUAUUCCUACAGGGAUCAUUUACAUUUAUAACAAUAGCCAGGAUUUCUGCAGAAGAAACUUUAAUAAUAAAUCUGGAAGAUAGGCUGCAAUCUGUAAUUUUCUGGCUACAAAGACGGGAGCCUAAAUCUCUCCCACAAUCUCUUUAAAUCAUGCUUUCUAGCACCUGUGUGGACUGCAAAUUUAAAACCACAGCCCUUGACUGUCUGUCUUGCAACAAGCAGUAAAGCUCUGCAGCUACAAAUCUCUCAUUGUGCUUCACUGAAGGUGCGCCAUUAUUUUCUC